GUGUCAGUGUUGUGCUGCGGCUGGUUAAUAGUAACGCCUCCUUCCUCUGAUGCAGACGGGGAGGUGCAGACUGAUGAAGGCCCUUUAGAGAAUGCAGACCAGUCUCCACAGAGUGACCUGUCCACUGACGAGGUUAAACACACCUCUCCACAGAGUGACCUGUCCACUGACGAGGUUAGACACACCUCUCCACAGAGUGACCUGUCCACUGACGAGGUUAGACACACCUCUCCACAGAGUGACCUGUCCACUGACGAGGUUAAACACACCUCUCCACAGAGUGACCUGUCCACUGACGAGGUUAGACACACCUCUCCACAGAGUGACCUGUCCACUGACGAGGUUAGACACACCUCUCCACAGAGUGACCUGUCCACUGACGAGGUUAAACACACCCCUCCACAGAGUGACCUGUCCUCUGACGAGGUUAAACACACCUCUCCACAAAGUGACUUGUCCACUGAAGAGGUUAAACACACCUCUCCACAGAGUGACCUGUCCACUGAAGAGAAGCCAACAGAGGACAGUAAAUCUACUAACACAGAGGAGAGUCCAGAGGGAGAAAAAGGUGAAAAGGAGGAGACUGCAAUAGCUGAGAACUCCACCGAUGAACAAGGUGAUAACGAGGAAGAUAUUACUAAAACCACCGAGGAACAAGGUGAUAACAAGGAAGAUAUUACUAAAACCACAGAUGAACAAGCUGAUAACAAGGAAGAUAUCACUAAAACCACAGAUGAACAAGGUGAUAACGAGGAAGAUAUUACUAAAACCACCGAGGAACAAGGUGAUAACAAGGAAGAUAUUACUAAAACCACCGAGGAACAAGCUGAUAACAAGGAAGAUAUCACUAAAACCACAGAGGAACAAGGUGAUAACAAGGAAGAUAUUACUAAAACCACAGAUGAACAAGGUGAUAACGAGGAAGAUAUUACUAAAACCACAGAUGAACAAGGUGAUAACGAGGAAGAUAUUACUAAAACCACAGAUGAACAAGGUGAUAACGAGGAAGAUAUUACUAAAACCACCGAGGAACAAGGUGAUAAUGAGGAAGAUAUUACUAAAACCACAGAUGAACAAGGUGAUAACAAGGAAGAUAUUACUAAAACCACCGAGGAACAAGGUGAUAACGAGGAAGAUAUUACUAAAACCACAGAUGAACAAGGUGAUAACAAGGAAGAUAUUACUAAAACCACAGAUGAACAAGGUGAUAACGAGGAAGAUAUUACUAAAACCACAGAUGAACAAGGUGAUAACGAGGAAGAGUCUACUAGGACCACAGAGGAGGACCCAGACAGUGUGGUUGGGGAGAAGAGCCUCCAGACCAAGCAACAGGGAAGUCUGGAGAACCUGGUCCUGGAGAAAUGAAGGAUGGAGAGGAGAAGGAGGAGGAGGCAUCGGAUGAAGCUGAGGAGGUUGGAGAAGCAGGGGAUGACGGUCCAUCUUCAACGGAUGGAAAAGAGGAGAAAGAGAAAGUGGAUAGAGGAAGACGAGAUGAUUCAUAUCAUGUGGAAAAGACAGAUGAGGAGGAAGUAGACAAGGAACCUGGAACUGAGACAGAUUUUGGGACAGAGGAGGGAGGAAGUAGACAAGGAAGAUGGAGGGUGAUGCUUCAGAGACAGGAGAAGAUAGAGAGGUGAAGGGAGAGAAAGAUGGAGGUAAAAAGGAGGAGAAGGAUGAUGCAGCUACUCUUCUUUUUUUUAAAGAUACCAAAACAGACAAGUCUGCAAAGGAGAAAGGA